GUCCGGUACGGUCGUGUUGUGAUAACACAUAAAACACCUGUGGCAUCCGAACCCAUCGAUGAUAACGACUGUGUAAAUUCGCGAGUUCGAUUCCUUGGAUUAUUUGUUAUUGUGUUGGAUUACAGUGAUUGUGUUGGUUGUGUGUGUUUUUAUGAAUGGAAACCCAUGGACCGGUUUCACCGGAUGGAUCCAAGUCUUGAUGGAUGAGAUGGCUGAUUUCCGUUCAUACUGAUGGCCCGGACUUGGUAAACAACUUGGUGGUGACGAUUUAGUGAAAUACACUUGAUAACAAAAAAACUGGGACACUUGACUUUAGUGAUGUGCCGAUAUAGUGUUCAGUGACAAAAUGUGGAGGUGAUUUUUGACAGUUGUUGACGUUAUGUACAGUGAGUGUUCAAGUCAUCACCAUGUGCGCCAAAGUGUCAAAAUUGUUCGUCGCUAUAUGUGUCCUAGCAAGCGCAUGCGCCUUUCAGCAGCAAUACUUUCGGGUUGUGCCGCGAAGUCUUCGCGUUCAGGAAGGCGCGGAGGCUGUACUCGAGUGUGCUGUUGCUAACUUAGCCGGUCAAGUGCAAUGGGCAAAAGAUGGGUUCGCACUUGGUUUUUCAUCCGUGAUACCCGGCUACCCUCGGUACACAAUGUUCGGUGACAGAAGGCAUGGGGUAUAUAACCUACGUAUUGUCAAUGCGACAUUAGAAGACGAUGCGGAGUAUCAAUGCCAAGUUGGUCCGGCGCAGAUGCAUAAGGUGAUACGAGCUAAUGCCACGCUCAAUGUUAUAUCACCACCCAACUUAGUGGAGAUUAUCAACCAAGCUCCGAACUCCAAACUGGAACUGAAGGAAGGAGAGGACGUGACCCUGGAAUGUCAGGCGAGGAAUGCGAAACCCGCCGCGCGUAUCGUCUGGUAUAGAGGCAAUGUGGAGAUCAGAGGUGAAAGAGUUUCGGGCGAGGAAGUUAAAGAAGUGGAAAGUCCGAACGGAAAUCCGAAACUGACAAGAUUCACAACAAUAUCAAGGGUUCAUUUCAAGGCAACGGCUGACGACGACUACGCAGAUUUUACAUGUGAGGCAAGACACGAGGCACUGCAGAGGGAUGUACCUAUGAGAAGUACUGUACAACUGAGCGUUUUAUAUCCACCGGGCGCACCGUACAUCGAAGGUUAUGCGGAAGGAGAGACGGUACGCCGUGGUCAAAGUUUGGAACUGGUCUGCCGUAGCCGAGGAGGCAACCCACCAGCUCAGCUCAUUUGGUACAAGAAUGGAGAGCAGAUACGAAUGGCAUACAGGACAAGCGGUCGGAUGUCAGAGAAUGUGUUGUCAUUCAAAGCGGACGCGUCUGACAAUAAAGCGCGCUACACGUGCGAAGCUAAAAAUGUCAUGAUCAGCAACACAUUGAAAGCCGAGAUAGAUCUUACUGUACUAUUCGCACCAGCACACGUCACAAUAUCGGGACCAUCAGAGGCUCGCGUAGGGGACCCGGUGCCUCUGAGUUGCAGCACAGCGCCCUCCAACCCUGCGGCAGAUGUCAAGUGGGUGGUACUAGGGAAGCACCACAAGGAGGCCAGUAACAGAACUGUUAUAUCACCUGAAGGUGGUUGGAUAACGACAUCCAACAUCACUGUGGUGGUGGAACCAAACCGCAGAUCAGUAGUGGUCGUGUGCCACGGGAUCAACGCACAGCUCACAGAGAACGUUGUCUCCACUCACACCAUUAACGUACUAUAUCCACCUAGCGCGCCGAUGAUCACCGGCUACGUGCCAGGCACCACACUAGCUGCUGGCACCGUGCAGAAGUUGUCUUGUAUAUCUUCAGGAGGGAACCCACUCGCCACUCUAACCUGGUUUAAGAACGAUAAGAAGAUUCAUUCAGUGUCAAAAGCAAGUGACAAAUCCGUGUCAGCGGAAAUAUCAAUUUUGACAAAUGUAACUGACAACCAGGCCCAGUACAGAUGCGAAGCAACAAACAGUGCCACUGAAAUUCCACUGUUCGAGACUGUCACUUUGAAUGUACAUUUCGCACCAGAAGCGGUGAAGGUCCGCGCGGAGCCAUCAGAGUUGAAGCCGGGUACAGAAGCUACGUUGUACUGCGAUGCAGCGUCUAGCAACCCUCCCGCUGCCCUCUCCUGGUGGAGGGAUGGGAUACCGGUGCAAGGUCUUCCAAUGCAGUUAAAGAAAGGUCUCCACGGCGGUACAGUUUCAACUAUAGAACUGAAACUGAACGUGAGCAAGGAAUUGAACGGCGCAGUAUACACGUGCCAGGCUACCAAUGAGGCACUACAGCGUAGUGUGCACGAUGCUUUACCACUUAAAGUUCUUUACGCGCCAAUCUUCGACGAGACAACACAAGAGACAGCAGUUGGUGUAGAAAACGAACCACUCGUGAUAGUGGUGCGCGCGGAUGGCAACCCGCCCAGCAUCGCCUACACCUGGACCAAGGAUGGCCUACCCAUCACACAGUCGUCGUAUAGCAGUUCAAACGAUAGAAUUAUAUCAGAAGGCAGUAUGUUGAACAUGACGCGAUUGUCGCGACAUGACGCCGGCGUGUACACUUGCGAGGCGGUCAACUCGCAGGGUGCGGCAACACUCAACAUCACAGUGUCCGUCCAUUACCCUGCAAGCAUUAAAAGUGUAACACAAAAAGGUAUAGCUAACCCAAAUGAAGACGCCAUAUUGGCUUGUACUGCAACUGGUAACCCUUUAACAUCGGAACAUAUAAGAUGGGAACGAAAAGGUUAUAACAUGGAUUCUAGAACAAUUACAUUUGAAACGAGAAAUCAAACGAGUUAUUUAACAAUCGAUAGAGCGACGAGAGAAGAUGUUGGAAAUUUCCAAUGUGUGGUAGACAAUGGUAUUGGAGGUGAAACAAAACAAGAUGUCAUGUUGGUUGUUAAGUUUAAACCUGAAAUGGAUACUUCGCCCAAUUUGGUGAAAUCUGCAACCAAUGUUGGUCAAGUUGGAAGACUUACUUGCAGAUGUAAAUCCGCACCUGCACCCAACUUCACUUGGUCAAAGAACGGAGCCAAAUUACCCGUCAAUACGUCCACUAAAUAUUUCGCUGAGUUUCACAAAUCUGACGCAAUCACGUACACAUCUGUUUUACUGAUAAAUGACGUCACAUCUUCUGACUACGGCUCAUACGAGUGCGGGGCGAGGAAUGACCUGGGUUUUAGUACUACGUCUGUUAAAUUGGAUAUCACCAGUGCUCCAGAUUUGGUGUCAUCUCUAAUAGUAACGAACGUCACUCACAACUCGGUCACUCUGUCCUGGGUGCCGGGUUUCGACGGCGGUUUGCCUUCUUGGUUCAGGAUUCGAUUCCGCAAAAUCUACGACGAUACAUACAAAUAUGAAGACGUAUCCCCGCGCAAUGCAACCUCGUUCACCGUUACCGGUCUGGAGCGGAACACCGACUAUGUCUUUUCUGUGAUGGCCAUCAACAAGAUAGGCCAGAGCAAAUACCGACCUGACGACACUAAAGCUACUACGCUUACUUCGUCAGAAGUAGGAGAAUUGAACGUAGUAUCAACUGAAUACGUAGAAUCAUCUGACGUAUCGAAAUCAGUCACGUUAUAUGUUUGCGUCACCGGCGCCAUUUUGAUUUUGAUUAACGCAGCUUUAGUAGCAUGUUUUGUUUUCAAAAGACGAGCGAGACGGAUGAAAGAACAAGCGGGACAAUCAUCAAAAUCAGCGACUAUAGAAAUGUACGCACCAUCAUCAUACAAUGACACAAUGACUGGAGAGACAUUGAGUUCCGUAUCCGAGAAAUCUGAGACAUACUCACAAGACGAAGGGGAACAACCUCCACCUAUACCUGAAGUACCGACAAUGCCGAACCGACAUAUGUUGAAUCAGACGGAGUCAUACCUUGUGGAGGACACAACCCUUUUGCCGCCGCCAUUAGACUACCCGCCACCUAACUACGCGGCAUACGACGGUGAGCACGCGCGCACGCUGCCUCACGCACCGCACGCGCACCGUGGUAGAGACAGCGGACAUAACACGUUAGGACGUAGUGCUGGCAAACAAAACUACGUGGCGGCGCCGAGCCCCAUGCCGCCGCUGGACGGCUCCUACUUCAACAUGGCUUCCGACCGCUACCUCUCCUACCCACCGCUCAUCGGCGAGUAUUUGCAACAACAGUCAGGUAGAACACCAACGCCCCCGCAGCAGUACGGCGCAGCGCCGGUGCCCAAACCCCACUUGAUGAAUGGCGCGCUGCAGAGCUCACCCUCACACAUCGCCAGCCCGCCACUUAGUUACGGGUUAGAUGGUCUGGACCGUCAGUCUGCGGGGGGCACGCUGAGACGUCAGCGGCUGGAGAAGAUGGCAGUGCCACCCCCUGAUGUCACCGUACUGCACCAGGGGAACUGCAACCAGCACUCCCAAAUGUCACAGACCCCGUCAAUAAAGCAGCCUCAAUCAAUCCUAAAAGAUCCAUCAAGACACAAAUACAACGCGUACAGCAGCCCCGUGUCCUCCAGCACGCCGCAGACCUCCAACCAGAUCCUGACAGUUCAGAACCUGGACGUGCCUCAGUAUGGUACUAUUCGGAAAGAGAAGAAGCAGAACGUGACCAUAGACGAGUCAUACAACAAGAGAAGUGAAACACACGUCGUCUAAACCAUAGACAAGUGAACGAGAACUAAAAUCAAGUGAAGGAGAACCAUAGACAAGUGAACUAGUGAGUGAAGUGUAAAUAUGUGAACUAGUUAAAAUUUUUAGAUAGAUUUAAAAAUUUCAUUCAAUGUGAUACGAUUAGUAUCGAAUGGUAUCGAAGUGCGUGUGAAAUCGAUUCCAAUAUCGAUUCGAUAGACGUCCAAGACAUUAACGGUUGUUUCGUAUUCAUUAUUGUUAAGAGUGUACCGAUUAACGAAUUGUUUCUUAUCGAUUCCUGCGACGGAUCUCUUUCUUUAAUUAAGACAUUUUUUUUUUAAGUAAUAAUUGUUACGGAUAUUGUCUUUUACAUUAGAAAUUUAUGGGAAAAUUUUAAAUUUUCGCCCCCAGUUUUGAGGAUUGUUCGUAAGGCGUUGAUUCGCAUAUGUUGUUAUUAAAAAAAAUU